GUUCCCAUAUUGAAGAAUCUCUAACACAAUUACUUCUGGUUGACCAACACACAGUAGGGAUGAUUCUUGGAGGCCGUUCUUAUAUGCUGCUCUUGGGAACUGCAGUCUUCCUGCAGAACGUCCUCAGUGAUGAAAAACCUGCCUGGGCAAUGAUUGGCUUUGAUUUGUCAGCAAUGGCACAGGAAACAGAGCAAUAUUUGAAGAGAGAGACAUCUGAUGGUCUUUAUGGCUCAGUCUGCCAAAUAUUCCGCAGUAUUUUUUUCUUAGAAAUUACCAAAAGGAGCCUACAGAUGUUGUAUGUUAGCAGUGCAGUGCUACUCAUUACAGUUAUUGGUUUAUCUAUACUAUGCAUUUUGCUGAAACACAUGAAAAAUGUUAAGCUCAGUCAGGCCAUGACUGAAACACCAGCUCCUGCAGAAGUGAAAUAUGAAUUGACCCAGAACAAUAAAGAAAUCCUUGAACAGUUGGUGAAAAACACCUAUAUGAUCAAUAAAUACAUGAAGUAUGCCAUACGCCUUAAGAAGAAAGAACAGAAAUCUAAAUUAAGAGCAAUUAGAAAGAUUUAUAAAACCGAGAGCGAGGCUUCACUCCCAAUGUGUUACUGCUCUGAUUCCGGUCAAGAGAGUGAAUGAACCUCUAGACUGGAAAGCCUCCCUCUUCCCAAGCGCCAAUCCUUCGUGUUACAAGCAGUUCUGUAAAUGACAAUGCAAACGACAAGUCAAGCCUCAACGCAAAACUUAACACAUGUUGAUAUUAAUAUUAAAGAUUAUACUUGGAAAACUAUGCUGUAGCUUUUCAUAUGAACCUGUUAUCCUAGGCCAUGUCACUUAUACUAAACUGUUAAUAUAGUAGACUCUCAGUUAACUAGAAUCCAAGCAACCAGAAUGUUCAAGCAACUGGAAAAAAAUGAAGAAAUAUUUAAUUUUUUAAGCUGUUUUUAAUAAUACAGAAAAAUAGUUACACUGUAUUACCUUAAUAAAGUUUAUCUUUGUUUUCUA